CUUGCCCACAUUUGGUCUCCGCCGAAUGCCUGGCGAUCCGCCGCAGAACAAGUCUGAGCAGGAUGGCACGGCUCAUCCCCGCAGCGACCCGAAUCUACUUAGCGCCGAGGCGCCCCCCGCGACCGACGCGCUGGAGCUGAUCCUCGGCUGGACGAGCUCGCUGAUGGAGGUGGACUCGGUCUGGCGCGCCUUGCAGGAGGAGAAGGCCAGAGGCUGGGCCUCCGAGGCGGUAGACCGGAUGUGGAAGCGGCGGGACGAGCUCAUGUCCAAGGCCAACCGGCGCACCGAGGUCUUCACGCCUUCGACCAAGAAGUACGUGCGCUUCUACCGCGAGUGGAUGCCAGCGCUGGCGCCCGUCUUCGCUGGCCGCGCCGGCGCGAACCGCAGCUUUGCCGACAUCGGCGCCUCGCCAGGCGGGAUGUGCGAGUACCUCGUCGGCGACUUGGGCUGGCGCGGCCACGCCUUCUCACUGUCCCAGGCGGACGGAGGCUUCGGCAUGACCUUCUCCCACGUCCGCCUCGGCUACAGCGACGCGGACCUGUCCGCCGACGGCUCGCCACCCUUAGAUGCGGACCACAGAUCCACAUCUCCAUAUCUCCCCACAUCUCCCCGUAUCUCCCCGCUCCCCACAUCUCGAGGCCUAGAUGCGGACCACAGAUUGCGUGUACUCCGACUAGCAGAGGGGCCGUUCGUUCACAGUGCGAGGGGCGUGAAGAGACGCUGCUCGCUUCUCGAGGCAUGCCAACGGUGCCGGUGAGGCGGCGGGCGCCGUCAAGGAGGAGGAGGAGGUGGCC